UCAGCUGCGGGCACAAACCAGUCCUGUCAGGACGGCGAGGCGUUGCUGUGAUGCUCCACUGAUGCAGAACAAAGACAACAGAAACAGGAUGUGGACCGUCGUUCUCCUCUAUAUUCUGGGCCUUGAGAAGUGUCAGGCUGCUGAAGCAGUCCCCCAACUUACAGGGAACUCGACACAGAUGUAUUACAGCACACUGAGAAUCGAUGAAAGCGUGAUAGGAAACAGUGAGAUACUUUCUUUCUCUGUGGGAGACGUCGACCUGGACGUGAGCAAACCGAAUAACUCAACAACGUGCUCGACCGAGUCGGCGGGGAAAAGGUGCUCCUGCGCCCCGGGCCACAGCUGGACCGAGGAGGUUUGUCAGUCUCACAGAUGCUGUGGGAACGGAGAGUGCAUCCUCCAGAUGGGCUCGGCUCCGGUGUGCCUCCCCGACACUACAGUUUCCAUCACAGGCUCCAUCAAGUUGAAGGAUCAGAGGAAUCAGGAAUGUGAAACACACAGCAGCGAUUUGUUGAGAGAGAUUAAAGGAGUGUUUAGCACUUUAAGAGGAUUCGACACUUGGGAGAUAUCAGAACCCAGUCCUGAAGGCAUUGUAGAUUUUGAAAUGACCCUACCUUUAGGUGUUUCACCAGAUGAUCUGACUGAAAAAUCACAAUACCUGGUCUACUGUCUGGGAGGCUCCCUGGAUUUACAAACAAUCGGCCUUGUACAUUCAGACAUGCCAAACGACACCGUGUGUUACGACACCGCCGUCACCCUGAACUGCAGAUCGCAGGUGAACCUGCCAACCCAGCCGCUGUGGUACCAGAGAAAACGGCACGGCCUGAUUAGCAUAACCACAGGCACCAUCUUCACCGUGGACGUAUUGGGACCGGCUGAGACCAGCGUCACCUUUCGAAGCCUGUCUGCUUUCGUGACAGGAGAAUACGAGUGCGUUCACCAACAAACAUCAAAUUCAUUCAAGAUAUCCCACAUAUCCAGUGGGCAUGUAGACGUGGCCCUCCUGCCGGACAUCGAUGUCUUCACAGAGCCACAAUUUCCACGCUGUGAAAAGAAUUCAGACGUCCUGCGUGUAAAAGCCAUAUGUGAGAUCAGGAACAGCACUGAGGAUUAUAUCGUGACGUGGCAGGGAGGCAACAUCGAGGAACCAUCAUCAUUUCACCUCAAUGGCUCUGAAGUCUACACAGCUGAACAAAAUGUCGGCUGCGUUCAAGACAGCCAAACUGGAUCGACAGAGCUUACCUGCACAUUUAAGAACAGUUGCAAUCAAGAGAGAAGUGCUUCAGUUCCCAUCAACAUCAUAUACGAGGGUGAGGACUACUGUGAAGCUGAAGGAGAGUGGCCAGACACCAAAGCUGGUUUCACCGCAAACUUAAAAUGUCAUGAUAUGGCAGGACUCAGACGAAGAAAAUGCCACUUGAACGCGACUUGGGGAGAGGCAGUCUCCUUAUGUGUGAACUUUGAACUGAACUCGGUGUUGGGAAAUGCAGUGAUUAUAGACUCUGGACUCGGCGAAGUCAAGGACAAUGUGGCAGAAGUGUCUUUCGAGCUAAAGAACCUCACUAACAACACUGGGAGAAUUAAUUCUUAUGCCAACAUGAACGUAUCAGUUCAGGUGCUGAACAUCUUGGGUGGAAAGCUACAGACGAUAAGCAAUGAAACAACUGCAGACAAUCUUCUAGAUUCGUCCAGCAGCUUGCUGGACAGAAGCCUUGAGAAAUCAUGGACAACAAGAAUUACUGAAGGAAACGCUUCCCUGCCAGAGACAUAUCUGCGUACAGUUGAGCAUUUAACUGACAGAGUAAACAUUACACACGUGAGAAAAAAGCCAAACUUGGAGGUAUCGGCGUGCGAGCCCACCGCGAUCUGUGAGAGCUCCGUGUUCAACAUCAACAUCAGCCUGAAGAGUUUGGGAAAGGGCAAGGUGAAAACAAUUGCAUUUAAACAACUGGAGAAGUAUUUGCCCCACAGUGAGAGGAGGGAGUCUGAGCCCAACAGUGCUGUUGUGUCGGUAAGAACUACGAAAGAGAACAACAGACAAAUUAAGAUCACGAUCGACUUUCCGCUCAUCCAUCCAAGACGUCAAAAUUUUGAACUGACGUGCGUGUCCUGGGACUUCAGCAGCAGUCAGUGGUCGUCGCGUGGAUGCAGAUGGGAAGGUCCUUCAAAUGAGGCCCGCUGCACCUGCAGCCAUUUGUCCUCAUUUUCCAUCCUGCUGUCUAAGUAUCCCGCGGAAGUCCCGUUGCUAUCUGAGAUAACCUAUGUUGGACUGUCUGUUUCAGUCAUUUCUCUCAUUCUCGCCCUCCUGAUAGAAGCCGUCAUCUGGAAAGACGUCAUCAAGACCAACGCUCUGUAUUUACGCCACAUCGCCAACAUAAACAUUUCUCUUUGUCUGCUGGUGGCAGAUUGCUGUUUUCUGGCCUCUUCGAAGCCUCGCUAUAUCACUGAGAUGUGGUGCCGAACUCUCACGGUGCUGAAGCAUUUCUUUUAUCUGUCCAUGUUCUUUUGGAUGUUCAGUCUGAGCUGCGCUCUUCUUCAUCAGACCGUUUUCGUCUUCCAUACACUGAGCAAGAAAAACUACCUGCUGUUCUCAAUAUUCGUUGGCUACGCUUGUCCUCUGAUCAUUGUCCUUGGAUCAUUUGUUGCCAGCAAAAACGGUGCUAAAGACGUUUAUUUCUUAGCAGAAACCUGUUGGUUGGUUUAUGCUGGACUAAUGCAGGGCUCCUUCUACACGUUUGUCAUACCGAUGGGUGUAAUUCUUUUUGCGAAUAAUUUGUCUAUCGUCAUAGUGAUCCUGAAACUCUUGAGUCACCACACUGGAGAAAACUCUGGUGGAAAAAAAGAAAAAAUGGCAGCCAAAACUAUCAUCAGGACAGUUAUGAUUCUGAGUCCAGUCUUAGGUGUGACGUGGAUUUUUGGAUUUGCUGUUAUGUCUCUGGACAUCACAUCUGGAACAGUUACCUUCGUAAUCCAUUAUGUCUUCGUCCUGCUGAACUCAUCGCAGGGUUUCUUCCUACUGCUGACCACAUGCUUCUGGGACCAAAUGUCCCGUGAAGCACUGAUGAGACGCCUCAAAAAGACAGGCACCAACGGCUCCUUUUCCAGCAGCAAUACCAACACGAAAACCACUGUCAAUCUUAACUCAAUUAACAAGUGAAUAUCAUCUUAAACUUAUAUGGUUCCUGGCUGAUGAUUUUAGUUGAAUCCACUGUAUAGAUUUCUAACAUCUGUUGAGUUUUCAGCUGAGUUCUUGCUGUACUAUAUUAAUAUUUGGUCUACAGUCUUGUCAGUGCCAGUCCGUCUCUUUUGUCAGCCACUAUGUGCGAGUUUCAGUCCAAAAUAAUACUGCAUGAGAUGUUUUUAAUUGAUAUUUUAGCAGUGAAUGGCCACAGAAGAGGGUUCAACCAAAGGCCUCUUCUCUUUGUGGAGAAGGAAGAAAGUGGUGUAGACUUAUGUCUGAAUGUUGCUGAUCUUGUUUUCUUCAUUUUCUGUGCGCCGUUGUUCCCACUCCUCAUCUGUUUCAUCAAUGGAAAUCCCUCUCUGAGCUGCCAUCUCGCGGUAGGCCUGGGCUUCGAUCUCUGCUCUGCAACACACAGCAAAGUUAGAGUUUCAGUUUGUAUAUGAACAGAUGAUGCACUGGUUGUUGUUAUUAAAAUGGAAAGAAAGGAUGAUACUUUUUAA